AUGAUUGGCUUUUUGGCUAUUACCUGGACUAGUGUAAAAGCUGAUAAUGAAGAAGAUUUCGAAGAAGAUCGUUCGGAAGCUCAUGAAUUUCUUCGACGAACAAUUUUUCAUCCUACUUUAACUAAAUGUGAAGAACAAAAACGUGAAGCUAAAGAAGACUAUGAAGAACGUUGUGAACCAAGCAAUCCAAUUUAUCGUAAUAGAGGCACAGAGCGUAAUUGUCCUGAUUUAAAUACAUGGGAUGCAUUUAAAAAUUAUGAAAUUGGUAUGGGUCUUGACACAUUUGAUGAUCUUAAACCAAAUAUUAAAUUACCUAAAUUACCAAAAUUACCAUCACGCGAUGAAGUGAGCGACAAAAUUUACAAUAAAAUUACUGGACUUAAAAAACGAUAA